GCCAACCAGCUGCGAGCUCGACAUUUACGCUUCGUGCGGGCACCAAACGUCGCGCCAGGUUUUCAUUCAAAAACAAACAAAAAAACCUUCAGCGAGUAUUGGGUACAUGAGUUGCGCUCGGUUUGAACCCAGCCGAUUUUCGCUACUUUGAUUUAAACUCGUUGCCGAAAUACUGGAAAAGUUGAGUAACUAAGAUAAGAAGUUGCUGGCCCGACGUGAAGACUCGAUAUGGCGACUGCAACCCCUAGCCGCGCUGCCUCCGCGUCCGGCCGGCCGGCCGCCUCCACGCCGCUGUCUCCGACUCGGAUCUCACGCUUGCAAGAAAAAGAAGAGCUGCGACACUUGAAUGAUCGAUUGGCCGUGUAUAUCGACCGUGUGCGGGCCCUUGAGCUGGAAAAUGACAGGCUUAUGGUAAAAGUCUCGGAAAAGGAGGAAGUCACAACAAGAGAGGUGACUGGGAUUAAGUCUCUGUAUGAGGCGGAGCUGGCCGAUGCCAGGCGUGUCCUUGACGAGACGUCACGUGAUAGAGCGAAGCUUCAGAUUGACUUGGGCAAGGCUAACGCUGAGCUAGAAGAGCUCAGUAGAAACUUUAAGAAGAAGGAUGGAGACCUGGUGUUUGUUCAGGCCCGUGUUAAGGAGCUGGAGUCUCAGUACAACCAGAGUGAAGCAGCGCUCAGCACGGCUGUCAGUGAGAAUGCAGCGCUCUCUGCAGAGCUGGGCGACCUGAAGGCCCAGCUGGCUAAGGCCGAGGACGCUCACGCGGUGGCUAAGAAGCAGCUGGAGGCGGAGACCCUGGCACGAGUGGAUUUGGAGAACCGUUGUCAGAGCCUGUCGGAGGAGCUGCAGUUCAGGAAGAGUAUGUUUGAUGAGGAGGUGCGUGAGACCAGGAGGCGUCAUGAGAAACGCAUGGUGGAGGUAGACAGUGGAACCAAGCUGGAGUACGAGUCCAAACUGACCCAAGCCCUGCAAGACCUCCGCAGGCAGCAUGAGGAGCAGGUCAGCCUGUACAAGGAGGAGCUGGAGCAGACCUUCCAGGCCAAGCUGGAUAACGCCAAGGUGUCUUCUGACCUCAAUGACAAGGCAGUGAGCACAGCACGGGAGGAGCUGCAGGAGUCUCGUGUUCGGAUCGAGAGUCUGAGCUAUCAGCUCUCUGCUCUGCAGAAACAGGCAGCAGCAGCAGAAGAGCGCGUGCGUGAGUUGGAGGACCUCCUGAACAGCGAGCGCGAUAAACACCGCAGACAGAUGGACGGCAAGGAGCGUGAAAUGGCGGAGAUGAGGGACCACCUGCAGCAGCAGCUCAACGAAUACCAGGAGCUGCUGGACGUCAAGCUGGCCCUCGACAUGGAGAUCCACGCCUACAGGAAGCUGCUGGAGGGCGAGGAGGACAGGCUGAAGCUUUCACCCAGCCCCUCCUCCCGGGUGACAGUAUCUCGGAGCUCUGCUAGCAGCAGCUCUGUCCGCGCCACCCGCUCCAAGCGGAAGCGCGUGGAGGUGGAAGAGGAGCCGUCAGGCGCACCCAAGCUUCACAUCAGUCAGCAGGCAGAGGCCACAGGUGCCAUCAUCAUUGAGGAGAUCGACCUGGAGGGCAAGUCUGUCACUCUCAAGAACAACUCUGACAAGGACCAGUCACUGGGCAGCUGGAGGCUAAAGAGGAGAGUGGGAGAGGGAGGUGAAAUUGCAUACAAGUUCAGCCCAAAGUUCAUCCUCAAAGCAGGCCAGACCGUUACGGUGUGGACUGCAGAUGCAGGUGUGGCCCACAGCCCCCCCUCCAAUUUGCUAUGGAAGAGCCAGAGCAGUUGGGGCACUGGAGACGAAAUCCUUACCUUGCUGGUCAAUUCAGACGGAGAGGAGGUAGCAAAGAGAAUCGUCACGAAAAGCGUGGGAGAGCUGGAGAACAGCGAAGAUGAGGAAGGGGACUUUGAGGAUGAAGAUCUGUUCCAACAGCAGGGCGAUCCGAAGACCCGCUCCAGAGAGUGUGCCGUGAUGUGACGCUCCCGUUCUUCACACUGUUUUUCUCCCAAUUGUCCUCUUACAGAGCCACUACUUUUGUAACAUUCAAUCAUGAAUUCCUAAAAAUAUCUUCCACUCUCCUGUGCCAGUAUGCCACGGGAACAGGAUUUUUUUAAACGGACCUCAUAUUUGGCUUUUUUUUUUUUUUUCUCCUCCCCUAUGUUUUGUUUUUUAAAUCCAGGUAAUCAUCAUAAACUAUGUAUGAACAUAUUCUUUUCUUUCCUUCAGUCCUAUCUUUAAAAAUGUUUCUCUUGACAUUUUCAUUGGCUGUCUAUAGGAAGUUGGAUAGCUUCUGACUGGAUGCACCACCUCAGUAGCACAGUAUAGGACUUUAUUAAGAAUGUGACAUCAGAGAAUGUCUGCGUAUUUGUAAAACUUCUGAAGUUGUGUAAUCAAGUGACUUUUAAGGAUUUUCAUCCUCAUGUGGUUGCUUUUGUCACCAUGUGGUUGAUCAGGUAGACCUAAGAAACAGGUUGGGAUGUUCUGCAGACCCUUUGGAGCCUGACACCUUUUAUAUAAUUUACUGUAGGUUGGAAAUGACAGCCAGGGCUUAGCUUGUAUGCAUUGUAUGCUUUUGCCAGCCGGAUAACCAGGGUGGAAAAGAAAUUACCAGUGGUCCAUAAAUUUGAGCAUAUUCAUCAGAUCUGCAAAGCAGUUGUUCCCUCACCCUGUGAUAUUGAGCAUUAUAUUAAAAGAAUCAUCAAUCACAGAAAGUGCACUACGUGAUGAUGCAUAAAUGUUUUGAACAACUUUGGGCAUUGUUAGAAUAUCCCUUGUCUAACAAGAGUGCCCCUUGCUUAGAAGUUGCAUAACUAAACCCUAAAUUGUUUAUCUGGUUCACUUUCUCCAGAGCCCCAUUUCAAAUCAUGCAAAAUGAGCUGGCUUUGUGCUGUCAGGUUUGAGGUGCACGUUGGCAGCAGGUCCGGCCACAUUGCUGAUGAGGUGGAGAUCAAAGGGGCCAGGUCAGAGCUCAGACUGGAGCUAUGCUAAUGCAGUCAAGUCUUUGUUAACAUUUUAUUACUUUUACCUCAUCUUUUGUUGAGCUUGCCUAGGCUGAACACACAAGUGUUCAUAAUUUACCUGAGUUCAUAAUUAGUAUUUGUUUUUUGUUCAGAUACAGUGCUGAUCUUGGCAUCUGCACCAGACAUUUUAACAGUAGUAUGUACGUAGAGGGCAUGGAUAUGUGCCACCUUCUACCUAAGGUGGAGUGACAUUUAUGGUGCUGACAAAAUGACUGGACAAAGUUUAUUGACUUCAAGCCUGGUGGUACAUAAGAAAUAUCUUCUUCAUUUCUUUGGCAGCGUCUGCCAAAUUGAUUGUGGAAUUUUUGUGCUCCAUAACGUAACCCACAGCCUACAUUUUUGAAAAUCUUUCAAAAAUCUUUUCCACCCUGUUUAUUGUAAUAAUUUGACAUGUAAAAGCUUACCGUUCUAUUAUUUGUUGUAAAAUGUUUGGGGGGGGGGGGGGCGGCUAUGGGACAGGACAACAGGACAUGCAGGCAGUCAUUUUCUGCAGCUUUAGUUCGAGGUCAGGGAGAAUGCUAAUAAGACGCCCUCUGCACUAGCCUCGCCUCUGGCUACGUGCUAAGGCUAACCCUCAGUUCGCGCCGUGACGACGGAGGCCGAGAUUAGCUGAGCGUACGACGAGCGCUACUUGGAAACUUACCUUCUCUAAAGAUGUCUAGCGAUAGUUAACUUUCUUCCUCCGUCCCUCUGCAGCACAACGGAGUGCAGCGGGGAAGGAGAGGCUCGUGUGCAUUUGAAAGUAGGACGAAUUAUUAAAGACGUUAAAUUAGCAGGUAAACAUGUCUGAUAUAGCCUUUUUCACUAAAUUGAGUUUUAGACUGACGAAUAGUGAUUUUUGUAUUUGCAUAAUUAUGGGGCUAUUGGAAUCAGGUUUACAUUUUUAUUAUUUUGAAGGUUCGCAAAAUUAUACGUUUGUUAGCACCUGGUUAUAUAAUAAAGGUGAUAUUUGAGUGCAGUGUAGGAAUGCUCAGACUUCAUUAAGGCAGAGAGCUAAUUCAAACAUUUUGCCUUUAGACAGUUUCCAUUCCAAGAUGCAACAUGUAUAGUUGUGAGUUGUUGUGUUUUUGGUUUUAUUUUGUUUUGUUUUUAGCACACACUCCACAUCUGUGAAUAGAAACUUCAUUUUAGAGUUUAACACUGACCAGAAGUGGGUAAUUAUAUAUUUUUUCAGGUUUUAUAAUGACUGUGACACAUGAGUGCUUUGCACAUUCACUGUUAAGCAUUGCAGAAAGAUUACAGUAACAGUGUACUGUAAAGAAAUUGCUAUUUGGAUGGCAUAGAAGUGUCACCAAGGCAGUGAUGUGAUUCAAAGGCUGAUGCAUUUGAGCCGUAUAUCAAAUGUGAAGUUUUUUUUAAAAAAAUUUUCAAAAUUACAGAUAAAUCUUAAUCUCGGUCAUGUGAGGACUUUAAGGGUUUCAGCAGAGUGUGGAGAGCAUGCCAAAAGUCUCAUUACUUUUAAUGUUUGAUUUUUACUUUCAUUUAUUUUUUGUAUGCAUAAUACAAUAAACAUUUUACAUAUUGAAA